AUUGAUGUCUAACCCCUGCUAUUUUCACAAGACAAACGAUUUUUUGGAUUAUGAUUAAAUGAUUAGCGUGUUGAAGCGAGAAUCGAAGUAUUUAACAUUUAGAUUUUCGGAAGAUGCUCCCGACAAUUGAAUAGAAGACGUAAAAUAAAGAAUCUACUGAGCAAAAAUGGAUGCCGCCAACGUCGAUGAACAAAAACCAGUCGGGACGAAAGGAAACAGUGUUGGAAAAACUGAAGAAAAAACGAGCAAAACAAAUGACGAAUCUAGGGGACCGAAUGUGAUUGAAAAGGAACAAAAAAACGUGAAGGCUUCCGAUCAAAAAUCAGAAACUAAAAAUCAAGACAAAACCGACAAGAGUAAAAGCUCUAGUAUUUGCAGAUCAAAUGAAAAUGGUUCGAGUAAUAGUAAAUCAGCGGCUGAUAAAGCUAAUGAAACAGCUAAAACUGAUUCUCUAAAACCGAAUAAGGGAGACCCAGAUGCUAGAGAAGACAGGAAUCGGAAUAAAUCAGGGUCGAAAGGUAGAACGACAAGAAAGAAAUCCAGAACCCCGUCCAGAGGCAGUGUUAGCAGAAGUAGACGGCAAGAGACAGUGGUUCGAGAACAUUCAAAAGGACGUCGUGGUCGUUCGCGAACACCUGUACGACGAAGAACGCGAUCUCCCGUUUCGCGAUAUUAUCGAGAACCAAGACGAUGGAGUCCCAAAAGGCGUUCGAGGAGUCCCAGAUACAGGAGAUCUCCUGGAAGAACUUCGGCAAAACCUUCCGCUACUAAAGUAUUGAUCGCUAAGAAAAAUUUUCUGGAUGAAUUAGCUGUACAAUUUGCUCAGGAAGGAAAAGAGUUUCCUGAGUUGGAACAGUACAGAUGCGAGAUAAAUAAAAAGUUCGUCUCUUAUCCCGUCAGGGAUAGAUUUUCCGUACAGGCACAGGAACAUCCGUUCGAGGAGGCGGUCAAUAUACCACCUAUGUUCACGAAUGCAUCUCAGAUGGAGAUGCCUGCAAACAAUGCUGUGGUGUUAACUGAUCCGUAUAAUGCAUAUUCAUACAGCUUUCCAGGCCCGAUACCUAAUGAUGCAUCCUUUCUUCCACCUGCAAUGUACACAUGUGAUACAACUCAGCCGUUUGUUGAUUCCCAGGAAUCCUUUAUGCCGCAGCAGCAGCAGUUGUCCCAACCACAACAAAUUCCGUCGACAAAACAAGAGUCUAUCCCUGAUAUGGGAUCGCAUUCCUUUUAUUCGUCUGAUAAAGCAGAAAAAAGUAAAGUACUAAUUCGUAUAACUCAAGCUGUUCAAAUACUCGAAGAUUUGGACCAAUCGAUCAUCAGGUCUGCAAAAUUCAUGUAUCGCGCUCCCACUAUGUAUAAUAAUGCGAACCAAGAUCGUUCACCAAUGUGCAGCUUGAUGAAUCCUUCGUUUUCAUUCACCAAUCAAUCAGGUGGAAAUACUGAUCCUUUUGCGAAUAUGCCGCGGAAGCUUAAACAGAUUACCACCAAGCUUGGUCUAGACGAGGGAAUCAUAUCUGAACAAAUUUUCAAGCGCCAUCGAACUGGUAAGCCUCAGAACCAUCGACUAGAAUUCCAAGAGGACAAAAAGCGUCAACCGAUGGCGAUAUUGCCAAAAUCGUUACCUGCAAGCCAAACUAUGCUACUGCAGAAAAAGACCCAAUCGAGUCAAAGUGCUUGUGUUGAAUGUGUGAAACGCAAAGCGCAAUUCGGGAAAAAUAAUGACAAAAAGAGUGUUCGCACUGCCAAUUCGGCGGUACAAACAAAUCCUUUGCCGAAAGAAACAGUCACUGAAUUCGGUUCAAUAACUGAGUUGACACCGAAUCAAGUACGUGCUGUCAGUGAGUUGAUUAAGUACAUAAAAUUGACCGCCACUAGUGGAACCCUCAACGAAAUGCGCGAUUCUAUGCGGGAGGAUCAAGUGUACAAUCUCAACAGAGACCUCCGUAGUGCUUAUAAAUACUUCGAUGAGAUGGUUGAGGGUAGAAACGAAACCGCCGAUAUCCUUGAUACGACCAACCAAGGCGAUAAUUUAUCAGAUGAAGCUGAUGGUGAUGAUAAAAUGAAAGAUUGCGAUGGCAAUCCUAUCGAUGAAUAUGAAGAAUUUCACCGGAAUUUUUGUGAAAGUGAAGAGGAGGACAUGCCCGGAUCAUCAAAAUCGCAAAGCACAUCAAACCAGCAUCAGUAUAUGCCUCAAGGUUCGAUUAAUAGUAGAUACAGCCAGUUUGAACGGGAUCGUCAGAUACCAUAUGGCAACAACGUUGGCGGCGUUGGUAAUGGGAAUCAAUUUCAUCCGAACGCAGGCAGGACUCUAGCAAACAAACGAGGAAAUCAGCGCGGUGGGCAGUCUUUCAACAACUUCAGCUCGGAAGUCAUGCAACCCAGUAUAUAUAAUAGAAGAAAUUAAAUUUCUAUUGUUAGUAUGAUAAGUUUUAGUUAAUAAAACUAUUGCAUUAACGAUGUGAACUUUUGGAAUAAACAUUAAUGGUAACACCGUAAUUUAUCAAAAGCAUAUGAUUUUAUUGCUAUUCUAUAUCAACAACAUUCAACCGAAAUAACAGUUUGGUAAUUGUAAGAUCGAUUCCUAAGGAAAAAUAUCGAUUUCGUUACAAGGCACCAUAGUUUGGAUCUUCAGAAGGAUCACAUGGACAGCAAUUCAAGGAUCAUCACUGCACAAUAACCUGAAGUAUCCCGAUGGAUCGUCCCGUAAUGGCCCAAAAACUGUGAGAACGUUCGAACCAAAUCAGAAUUACAA